UUGAGUCUUCGUGGGGCAUUUUGUUUUUUUGGGUGGCUUGUGAACUUAUAAGAUAGCCUUUCUCAUAUUAUUCCCUUCCUUCUUCCCUCAACAACAUUGAUAGAUGGAGUGCAUCAACAUGCUCCCUCUACUCGUCGUCUUGGUACUCGUAACGUUCCCGGGUGAUCCCGUUGUUUCGGGCGGAGCCCAGAGUGGACCGACGGUCAACGUGACCAAACGCAUCUCCUUCCCGGAUUUCAGCACCCGGAACAAUCCCAGAAUCUUCCAACAUCUAACUCUUCUCGGGAGCGCAACCGUUUCGAGCCACGGGUCUUGUCUCCAGAUACCGAAACCCUCCUCCGACCUCAAGCACCUCGCCGGCCGGGCGAUCCAUUCGGCGCCUUUCCGCCUCUACGACCCGUCGAGCCGAACCCCGGCUUCGUUCCACACCACGUUCUCGUUCCAAUUCCAAUCUUCGCCGACAAUCCCCCAAGGCGGCCAUGGUUUGACGUUCAUCAUAGUUCCCGACGAGUUCACCGUCGGGAGGGCGGGCCCAUGGCUCGGCAUGCUCAACGACGUCUGCGACGACGCCUACCGGUCCGUUGCGGUGGAGUUCGACACCCGAAUGAACCCGGAGUUCGGCGACCCGAGCGACAAUCAUGUCGGCAUCAACCUCGGAAGCAUCGUCUCGGCCACGGCCGUUAACGCCUCCGAGGUCGGCGUCUUUCUCCGGGACGGGUCGGUUCACCGAGCCUGGAUAAGCUACGACGGCCCACGCCGGUUCAUCGAUAUCCGGCUUGGGUUAGACCGCAACGGGUACCCCUCUAAGCCGGUUUACGCCGGCUCUCUCGACCUCUCCCCCUACCUCAACGAGUAUAUGUUCGUCGGCUUCUCUGCUUCCACCGGCAAUCACACCCAAAUCCACAACGUCAUGUCUUGGAAUUUCACUUCUAACAGUCAAGCCUCCCUAAGAAUUCCAUCAUCCGAAACCUGCGAGAACAAAUUAUUGUUACAACAAAGAAGCAGAAACGCAGUGUUUGACGAAGAAGAGAAAUCCCACGAAAGAACGCCCACGAGUUUCUUGAUUUUCUUAGCUGUGCUUAUUCUUAUGGUCUCGGUUUUGACCAAUCUUUACUUCGCCGGCGGGAAGAAAACCGGUGACGAAUCAGGUGGCAAGAAAUCGGAGAAGAAACAGAGGCUGGCGCCACCGAACAAGGCUCGCCGGUUCAGUUUGACUGAAAUCUCAUCGGCAACCCGGAAUUUCAGCCAGGCGCAGAUUCUGGGCAGUGAUUCCAGGAGCGUCACGCACAAGGCGAUUCUGCUGCGCGGAUGCGGCGUGGCAGUGAAGCGGUACUGCGAUAAGUUCUUCGAGUCAGGCGGGUCUGAUCGACGGCGGCGAUUGCACCGGGAAAUCAAAGCUGCCGGCAAGAUCCGGCACCCCAAUUUGGUCCCCGUCAGAGGGUGGUGUUUCGACGAGAAAGAAACAAUCGUCGUGUACGAUUACAUCCCGAACGGAAGCCUCGACAGGUGGCUGUUCGGCGGCGGGGUUCUGCCGUGGACGCGGCGGUUGAAGGUGGCGAAAGACGUGGCGGAUGCGCUGAGCUUCGUGCACUCGAAGCAACUAGCCCACAAGAAUGUGAAGGCCAGCAGCGUAUUUCUAGACGUUAGCUUCAGAGCAGUGGUAGGCGAUUUCGGGUACGUGCUGAGCGGGGUCGAGUCGACUCGGUUCGAAUCGGCGGUGAGCCAGACGGCGGACGUAUUCGAGUUCGGCGUGCUGGCACUAGAGAUAGUGUCGGGUCGGCCGAGGAAGUCCGACCCGGGGGAAAUGGAUCUGCUGGGCUUGGCUUGGGCAUUGCACGAGGAAGGCGAAAAGGAAAAACUGGUGGACCGGCGAAUGGGGUUCGUUGUGAACCGGGAGCAGGCGGUCCGGGUUAUGGAUGUUGGGUUGCUUUGUACGUUGAACGAGAACAAAGGCCGGCCCAGCAUGAAGGAAGUGGUGGAGUUUCUGAACGGUGACAAACCGGUUCCAGAGCUGCCGCCGGUCCGACCGCCCUCGUUGUUCCCCUACAGCAGCACCACAGGGUUGUGCACUGCUCACGCAUGUUCUCCAUUCAAGUGAGUAAUGCCACGUGUUCAGAUAUGUGAGAAAUAAUUCGUCCAAAAUUGUAGUUAUGCGUCUUUCUCGAAUUCUCAGGGGUAUUAACUACGUGGAAAGUUGACUAGUUUGUGAAUAUUUUUAUUAUUUCUCCAAGAUUCUACCAUGACCUCAUGAGUCGUGUUCGUGUUACCUCGGAGCCCGGAGUAUUAAAAUAUGGUGACACCGGAGUAUAUAAGACUAGUAUUUUGACCUGUGCCACACACGGGGUUGAAUGAAUUCUUGUUGAUUCUGAAUUUUUUUUCAAUGCAAAAUAUUUUUUUUGGAAUAAAAAAAAUAUUGCUCACAUAAUUUUAAUACCAUAGACAAAAAAGACAAAUUAAAAUAAAUAAUAUUUGAGGAAUUGAAUAUGUACACAACAAAGUUUGUUUUAGUACCAAAUUUUCUGAAAGACUUCAAGCAGAGCUAAGCUGGGAGUGAAUGAUUUUGUUCCUUGAUUUUGAUCCUUGUCUUCCAGAUCCAGUAACAGUUUGGUGGUGAAAGGGCAUCUACAGAAGAGGUGGUUGUGAUUUUCAUCCUAAGUUCUGCACAGUGGGCAUGCUUGGUCCAUGU